AGGGCGGAGGAUUGGGGCGCUAGGCCGGGGAUCAGAGCGGAGGAUCAGGGCGCUAGGGCCGGGGAUCAGAGCGGAGGCUCGGGGCGCUAGGCCGGGAAUCAGGGCCGGGGAUCAGAGCAGAGGCUCGGGGCGCCAUGGGGAACAGUAAAAGUGGGGCGCUGUCCAAGGAGAUCCUGGAGGACCUGAAGCUCAACACCAAGUACACGGAGGACGAGCUGUGCAAGUGGUACGAGAGCUUCCAGAAGCAGUGCCCGGACGGGCGCAUCAGCCGGGCCGAGUUCGAGAAGAUCUACAGCAACUUCUUCCCCAACUCGGACCCCAAGGUCUACGCCCGGCACGUCUUCCGCAGCUUCGACACCAACGACGACGGGACGCUGGACUUCCGGGAGUACAUCAUUGCCCUGCACCUCACCUCCUCCGGCAAGACCAACCUCAAGCUGGAGUGGGCCUUCUCCCUCUUUGACGUCGACCGCAACGGGGAGAUCAGCAAGAGCGAGGUGCUGGAGAUCAUCACGGCAAUAUUUAAGAUGAUUCCCCCUGAAGAGCAGAAAAUGCUGGCUGAGGAUGAAAACACCCCCCAGAAACGAGCCGACAAGCUCUGGCACUAUUUCAAAAAGGGGGAAAAUGACAAAAUCGCCGAGGGGGAGUUCAUCUCCGGGGUGAUGAAGAAUGAAGCCAUCAUGAAGCUGAUCCAAUACGAACCCAAGAAAUAGGAAGGCCAAGGUCCCGGGCUGGGAGGGGAACAGCAACCUGGAGGGAGAGCAGGCGCCGCUCCCCCGCCAUGUGCAUGGAGUGAGCAAGAAACUGAGUGAAUGAGAAAAUGAUGAAAUGAAUGAAUGAAACAGGACAUGUGAGAGGGGCCCAACCCAUCUCCAGGCAUAUGCUGCCAUGUCGGUCUUCACCCCUUUCCCCAGGUAGCUGUAUCUCUCCUCCUCCUCCAACAGACCAUCCACCGCUUCCAAACAGGCUGUCAUGGGGGGCCUAGGGAGGGGGACACCCCCCCCGAGAGUCCCAGGGGGCGGAAAGGAGCAGGGGGAAAGCGUGGGAGGUGAAAGAAAGGAUGAUGAGAAAGGGAGGAUAGGAGAGAAAGAAAAAUGGAGCAAUGAAGGAAGGAAAAUGGAGGGAUGUAGGAGGAGCAAAGGAAGGAA